UUCUAUUUGAUAAAUAUCUAAUUGAAUCCAUUCUCUUUUCAAAGGUUGUGUAUGUAGCGUGCGAGACGAAUGAUAUAAUAAUUUUGGAUCCCACCUGGUUGUGUGGCCCCAUUUUGGGAUAUUUACUGUCUCAAGAGAAUCUGGAUCGAGCACGGUUUACAGGAAUUUAUUCAGCGGACGAUGUACAGCUGCUGUUUCCCGAAGCAGAUGGUCAAAAGCUCUUACUGGUCUUAGAAGCCUUACAACUGUGCACUGAAUGCGAAUCAGAAGGUGAUAUUGAAUACGAGUUUCCUUGCUUUAAUUUAGUUGAAACACUAAAAGGACUGUGGGAGCCAGCCCCCUCACAAUACGCAGCUUAUGGUGGAGUCAGGCUGUUCAGCAAGCACAAACAUUUACUAGGUUCACUGUUCUCUAGAUUACAGGUGCACUUACGACGAUCUUCAAAAGAACACGCAGAUCCAGAAUGUGAUCUUUAUCAAUGGUGCCGGGGCAGCAAGUUUUGUAGCGGAUUAUUGGAAGGUCUGAUAACACUGGAUGAUAAAGGCACAGCCUUCGAAGUUAAAGUCAGAGGACCAACUUCCAUGAGAUCUGAAUGCUUCUUUUUCCAGGAGGAUUUGGUCAGUGUUAUAGAACAAAUGCUUUUCGAUGUGUGCCCAGGUCUUCUAAUCGAAAGACAUGUUCUCAGCAGUUCACAGUUGCAAGCACAUUCGAAGCAAGUAUUUUCCUAUUCACCUAUUCUUACCAUGCGAGUCUUACUUCGGGAUGGUGUGUAUGGCACAGUUAUUAACGAACAAACGAAUGCUAAGGAAACUCUACUUUCUCUUUUGUUCUUCAGCACUCCUGAAGUAUUGGCAUCUAAUCAACAACAUGAACACCUAGAAACGCUUAACACACAAAUUCGUAUCCCGGUUUCAAGUUCCAUGUUCCCGCAUAGUCAAACAAGUCCACUGUUGCAGCGCCAAAAUCAGCUACCGCACACAACAGCCGGUCGACGGAGAUCUUUACCACAGCAGCAGACGCCUUUGCCUCGCAGUAUGUCUCAGAGUUCCGCCUCUCAGUUGCUUCAGAAUCGGUGCAGCAACCUCCAGGUGCUACGGUCAGAUAGUUCACCAGCUCUACUUCAAGAUCAAAAUCCAGUAGUUACACUGGUUUCGGACUUGCAUGCCUCGCAGUUGCCGCUGUUGUGCUGUCAGUGCUUUUGCGCUAUCCUGGAUCCUCAAGAAUCAAUGGGUAGAGAUUGGUGCAUGCUGGGUGUUCUCUUAGGAAUGACGGACAAACUGCCAAAACUGGACCCGGGAGACAAUCCAGCUUUUAGCCCCACUGCUUGCAUUUUAGGAGAGUGGUUAAAGCGCCCAGAUAGUACGGUAGGUCAACUGUUGAUGAAACUGGAAGAGCUGGAGCGAAAUGAUGCAGUAGAAGCCUUAAUGUCAACUUUGCCGCUGUUCAGAAUCACGCCUUCAGGAUUCCAAGAUUUAAAAGAUAUUGAAUCUCACACAAUACACGAACAAUCUGCCACUAGUCUCUAGCUUGUUUAUAUUUUUUCUUUGUAUAUUUAUACUAUAUUGAGAACCUUUGUUUUUUUUUAACAAGAUGGCAAUUAAUUUUUUACACUUAUUUACCUUACCUUUCAACGUAUUAUAUAUUCGGUAUUUUAUAGUAAUGCUGUUAUCAAGAGAUUCAUAAUAAGAAUCCAUAUCAAAAACUCAUUUAAGUUUUCUUAUUGUCCUUUUCAAGAAUGCUCAGUAGCUAAUUCAGCUUACUGUUAUCGCAAGCUUACCGAAUAUGCAAACACAAUAUUUAUCAUAUAAAUAAAUGUUUAAAAACUUCAAA